AUGGCUGGAAUCAGGCUGACGCCCGAGGAGCCUGAGCUGCCGCAGGGCACUCCGCCCCGCCCCCAGCUGCCGCUCCCCGUCGCCGGCUCCGGCGUCACAGCGGGCGGCGGCGGCAGCGGUGGCCUGGAGAUGGCUUCGGACGACGAGCGGUCAGUGGCAGCGGACUCGUGGUCCGUGCGGAGCGAGUACGGGAGCACGCUAGACGAUGACCAGCGCUACGCCGACGCUGCCGAUGUGCUCGCCGCGGCGGCGGCCGCCGGGAACUUCCCCUCCGCUGCCUCUGAUUACUGUUCUGACAAAGAUGACCAAGAUCCUAAUGAGGAAGGCUCAAUGUUGGGGCUACAAAGUUAUUGGGAUGCUUCUUAUUCUGAAGAUCUCGCAAAUUUUCAGGAACACGGCCAUGCUGGAGAAAUAUGGUUUGGUGCAGAUGUAAUGGAUACUGUUGCCAUUUGGACAAAAAAAUUGUGUGUAAGCUUUUUCCAAGGUGGACUUUCAUCGGCUAAUGACAACAUCAAAUUUGAAGUUGAUGAUAAACACUUGUUUGACUACCCCGUGCUCGAUCUUGGAACUGGCAACGGCCUCCUUCUGCAAGCACUUGCCAAGCAGGGGUUUUCAGAUUUAACAGGAACUGAUUACAGUGAAGGAGCCAUUGAACUUGCAAGAAACCUUGCUGCUCGUGAUGGGUUCACUACUAUAAGUUUUUUGGUCGAUGAUGUACUUGAGACAAAGUUAGACAGGAAAUUCAAAAUUAUUACAGAUAAAGGGACAUUGGAUGCCAUUGGAUUGCAUCCAGAUGGCCGUGCAAAAAGAGUGAUGUAUUGGGAAUCUAUAUCAAACUUGGUUGAACCAGGUGGCCUUGUGGUCAUAACAUCAUGUAAUCACACAAAGGAUGAGCUUCUGCAAGAAGUAGAAGAGUUCGGUAUGCGGAAAUUUGGUAAGGAGGACACAGACAGAGGUGCAGGUGAUUCGCACCAGAUCUUCCGAUACUUGGAUCAUGUCCAAACGUAUCCUACCAUCAUGUUUGGCGGAGUUGAGGGGUCUCAAGUGUGCACCUUGGCUUUCCAACGGGCGUGA